AUGAAAGCAGGCUGCCAGUAAGCUGCACUCAUUCAUGGUUUCUGCAUUAGCUCAUGCCUCCAGGUUCCUGCCCUGAUGUUGUUCUUCUUCGAUGAACAGUGAUGUGGAAGUACCUGGCUUUCCAACCGACCCCAGAGAUUCCUGGUUAGUGUGAGGACAGAGGCUCAGCGACCUGCGGCCGAGAUGGAACCCCAGUCAAGGCUGGCAAAAGGCGGGCCAAUAAGUACGAUGGGCGGGGCCUGCGUGGCGCCGUCGGCAGGCGUCCGGCGCUGCCCAGUGUGGCUGUGGCGCCGCCCGCCUCGGACGCUUGGAACCGUCGCGUCUGUGUCGCCUGUGGCCCAUCGCCUGCCGCCGCUGUCAGCCACCAGCAGCCAUGAGCGCGCCCGGCCCCGGUGUAGUCUGCUGUCCUCUAGAUUAGUGCUCUCCACCGCGACGGUCUGCAGUAUGGAGUCGCCCGCCGCGAGCCCGCCGGCCAGCUUGCCUCAGACCAAAGGAAAAUCCAAAAGGAAAAAGGAUUUACGGAUAUCCUGUGUGUCCAAGCCACCUGUGUCCAACCCCACACCCCCCCGGAACCUGGACUCCCGGACCUUCAUCACUAUCGGAGACAGAAACUUCGAAGUGGAGGCUGAUGACUUGGUGACCAUCUCAGAGCUAGGCCGCGGAGCCUAUGGGGUGGUGGAGAAGGUGCGGCAUGCUCAGAGUGGUACCAUCAUGGCUGUCAAGCGCAUCCGGGCCACCGUGAACUCACAGGAGCAGAAACGUCUGCUUAUGGACCUAGACAUCAACAUGCGCACGGUCGACUGCUUCUACACUGUCACCUUCUAUGGUGCCCUCUUCAGAGAGGGAGAUGUGUGGAUCUGCAUGGAGCUCAUGGACACUUCCCUGGAUAAGUUCUACCGGAAGGUGCUGGAGAAGAACAUGAAAAUUCCGGAAGACAUUCUGGGGGAGAUCGCUGUGUCUAUUGUGCGGGCCCUGGAGCACCUGCACAGCAAGCUGUCUGUGAUCCACAGAGAUGUGAAGCCAUCCAAUGUCCUCAUCAACAAGGAGGGGCAUGUGAAGAUGUGCGACUUUGGCAUCAGUGGCUAUCUGGUGGACUCUGUGGCAAAGACAAUGGAUGCUGGCUGCAAGCCUUACAUGGCCCCUGAGAGGAUCAACCCUGAGCUGAAUCAGAAGGGCUACAAUGUCAAGUCUGAUGUCUGGAGCCUCGGCAUCACCAUGAUUGAGAUGGCCAUUCUGCGAUUCCCUUAUGAGUCUUGGGGUACACCGUUCCAGCAGCUGAAGCAGGUGGUGGAGGAGCCGUCCCCACAGCUCCCAGCGGACCAGUUCUCUCCUGAGUUUGUGGACUUCACUAGCCAGUGCCUAAGGAAGAACCCUGCAGAGCGCAUGAGCUACCUGGAGCUGAUGGAACACCCAUUCUUUACCUUGCACAAAACCAAGAAGACGGACAUUGCUGCCUUUGUGAAGGAGAUCCUGGGAGAGGAUUCAUAGGGACUGGCCCCGGACCCCACUG